AUUAAAUGUUGUAAAAAUUGCAAAAAAAAUAUUCGUAGUAGUGGAGGCCUUUUUUCAUUUUAGCGAUGUACAAGAAAAUCAUCAGCGCUUCAACGAAGACCCUUUCUUCUUCGGUUACAGCCCAACAAUCAUCAUUAAAUACCAACACAUCAUCUUUGGUUAUUUCAACAACAUUAACACAAAAGAGAUAUAAAAAGUCUUCAAAGGACCAAAAAUCAAAGGAUGCCAAGUGGAUGAGACAAGCUGGUGUCUUUAGGUACAAGAAACCAAAGUAUCAAUUACAAAAGAUGAACAUUGAUAACUUCCCUGUAUACAACACUUCUUUCGCUGCUACCGACGAAUUGAGAGAAACAUAUCAAUGGUUAGGAACACUCUACAAUGAUGAAAAACUCAUAAAAGAAGGUAUUACCGAAUUAAAACCAUUGUCAGAAAAUUCCUUUGCCAAGUUUGCAAAGAGCCAUACUUUCGAAGAAGUAGCAAAUAUGACUGCUGGUGAUAUUGAAAAACAACUUGACAAUCCUUCUUGGGACGCUUUUGAAUUCCACCUUUCCCUUGAUGCUGAUCAACAAGAUGAUUUGGCUUUCAAUUUGUCCAAUACAUUAUUACCAUCAUUAAUCGCUACACCAAGAGAAACAUUGCUUCCUCAUGUCUCUGAUAUGGAACCAGAUUUUACAAAUGACUUUUCUAAAUUACCUAAAAACCCAGCCGAUAGAAAAGUUGUUGAAGGACGACUUGUAACAAAUGAAUACUUGAAGCAAAUUCACGAACGUUUCGGACAAGAAGGUGAUUCUCCAGAGGAUACUUUCUCCACUUUGUGUUUAUAUGAAGAAGCACUUUCAUAUGAACAAUCAGAAUAUAAUCACGAAAAGGAAUUGGCUGAAAAGGUCAGAGAACAAGAUUUUGUUCUUAAACAUGUUUCCAAGGCUGAUUUGGGUAGAAUGUUUGAACUUCACAAGAAGGAUCCUGCCUAUUGGACUGGUGAAAAGUUGGCACUUGAAUUCGGAAUAACUCGUGAACAAGCUUGGUCUUCUUUGAUUUUACAAGAAUGGCAAGAAGCUGAAGAAACUGGCAAACCAUUCAGAUAUGAUAAGGCUAAGAUUGUUUUCAAUGACGAAAUCAGAAAGGCUACUAAGAGAGAAAAGGAAGAAUCCAUGCCAAAUGAAGUUACUAAGAUUUUGACUAAACAAAUUACUGAAGAAGAAGCAUAUAGACGAUUUUUGGAAGAAUCAUCGAAACCAAUUGAAACUGCCUCAGAUGAUAAUUUACCAGAUUAUAUCAAAUAUCCAUUCCAAGAACCUGUUGUUGGUGAACAAGAACAAAAACAAGUCAAGAUUAUUGAUAAGGAAGUUGAAAAUAAUACUGGAUUCGGUUCUGAUGUUGCAAGAUACAAGUUAUAUGUUGCUGAAAUGAAGAAGAAGUUUGAAAAUGAAAGUGAUAGAAGAUUCAUGGUUUCUGAAGAAGAUGGUUCAUUAAGAACAAUGUCACAAUCUGAACUUGCUUUCAUGCAUCGUCAUGGUACAUUCCCUAAGACUAGAGAAGGUCUUGGUGGUAAGGAAAAGAGAAAGAACGAAAGAAGAAAGAGAAGAUUCUAAGUUUAUUAACAAAGAUAUAUUAUAGUUAUAAAAAAAAUAUUUGCUUUU